UUCUUUUCCAUUAUCUACAGCUUUCAAAUACCACCUGCUUCUAUCUGGACAAAACCUACCAUGGCCAACCCAACUGAAAAUACGCCUCCCGGCGCACUGUCCACGCGUAUGGCAACCACUGUCAAGAUCUUAAACCCUAUCGCCGACGCCCUCGCUGCUCGAGGAAAGAUCAGCCCGGAGGAAAUCAACCUUGCUGAUGGUGAGAGUAGCCUCAUGAAGUUGGAAAUGGUCGAAAUAUGCAAAGAGGCUAUGAACAACAGCAUCACUACAGAUACAUUUUCCAAUCCUGUAGGUUUCAUUGGUGAUGUGCCGAUGAAAGAGGCACUGGCCCAGUAUUUCACGACUUAUUUUCAUCCCACCAUUCCGGUAACAAUGGAUAAUAUCGUGCCCACGGCUGGGUCGGGAAAUGCGAUUGAUGCCCUGAUCUUCACAUUAUGUGAUGCGGGGGAUGCUGUCCUGUGUCCCGCGCCAUGGUGGUGUAAGUUCCUUCUCUUUCUUUCUCUUCCUUUUUUACGGCCAAUCCAUAUUCAUAUUGAUACAGGGGGGUAUGGCCCGUACGCCCGAGUCCAUGCCGAAGUCAACGUCAUUCCUGCUUUCAUCAAACCUUCGCCCUCAUUGUCAUGGACAACAGAAAGCCUCUCAUCUGCCAUUAUCCCUGCCUUGGAAGCUGCAUACAACUCUGCCCCAGACCCCAAACGAAUCAAAGCCGUGCUCACCUCAAAUCCAAACAAUCCCAUGAUGAACUGCUGGCCCGAGGAUGUCGUUAGACAGAUAAUGGACUUCUGUCAAGAUCACAAUCUGCACUAUAUCUCCGAUGAGGUUUUUGCCAAUACCGUUUUCGACUUGGAGGCUGACCAAUUCGUGUCGGCUUUGUCACUUUUGAAGCGUCCGGAUCGGCACGAUGAAAGUGUUGGGGUGAAGAGUAUCAUUGAGCCGACUCUCGUGCAUGUCCUGUGGAGUGUGACUAAGGAUUUCGGAGCCUGUGGUGUCCGAGCGGGCUGCGUUCUCUCCUAUCAUCCGCUAGUCCGCGCAGGCGUCUCUUUCGCAAGUGUGUGGCAAGUCUCUUCAUUAGCCGCACAUUUCACACGUAGUAUCCUCACGUCACCCUCAACACUCGAUCUCCUCUCUUCAACGCGGUCUCAACUCGCCCAGUCCUUUCAAACGUGCCGUGAAAUUCUCUCUGUUCCCGAACUCACCGACAGAAUCCAGCUAUUGCACACUAGCGUUGGAUUUUGGACCAACGCUGUGGUGAUGCUCAAAGAAAGCGAAAAUAUACAGGAUAUCAUUGUCAAGGCGAAGCAAAAAGGUGUGAUUGUUGGUUGGGGGGCUGAGUUUGCUCCUUUACUGCAGAAAGGACAGGGGUUAAUUAAGAUCACCUUUGCGAUGCCACAGGAUGUACUCCGUAAGGGGCUGGAGAGACUUAGGGCGAGUUUGCUAUGAAGGCUACUUCGACCAUGCCGUUAUUUUCCAGUGUCUUAUUAAGGAUAGUGAGGACGAUCUACAGGUAUUCUGCCGUAGAGUACUAGGUACUUCAGCGUUAGGCUAUGCAAAUUUCAGCCCGUCAAGAAUCGCAAGAGGUAAAACACUUCCCAAAACUGCUUGAUGAGCACGAACUAUAUACUAAUACACAGUGAAUGGUGGGGUAAAGUUGAAAUCCCCCUGCGGGGAAAUUAUCUUUCCGGGUAGUUGGCCGCUCCACCUUGUUUCAUACCCCGGUGAUAACGCUGCACGACAUUAGGAACUAGACAAUUCCGUUGAACUGAAAUGUUUUACGAUCAGCGUAACUUCGCGUAGCCGUUCUCGGUACACAUUUAUCUAUCAUCUUCUAUGAUUGCUAUGUAUAUAAUUUCACGAAUAUAUCAUCUAACUAGACAAGAUGGCUUCACACGACAAUGAGGGCAGUGACUUCAUUAAUGCCACAAAAAUCGAC